UGGGGAUUUUGAGGUGCAUUCGAUUGGGUUUCGGCCCACCGUUUUUGUCAAUUGUUACGCCUUACUUAGUGGCCGGUAACCGGUGAUAUUCAUUCACUUGCCAGCCGCCGCCACCGUCGGACCGCAGCCGGACCGCACCACAUACAACCGGAUAGUACUCUUCCUAUUGGAUUACUGCAGUGCCAUGCAUAAGUACACUCUGAUGGGCCUCUGCCUGAUGGCUGCUUUGGGAGCCGUACUCCUCGAGGUGAAUGCCAGUCCGGCCGGUGUCGCCAUACCCACGAAGCUGGAUCCCAGUCAGUUGGGCGGUCUGUCGGCCCAAUUCCUGCCGCCCGAAUACCGCAACACCAACGUCACUGUGGAUGAUCUAAAACGACUAUAUCGCGAGAAAUGCAAGAAAGUGACCGGAGCGGACAACUCAUCCUUCUACGAGGAGAUCGAACGGGCUGCCGCCAAGAUGAGCAACUGCAUCAGUGGCGUCGCCAAUCUGACGGCCAUCCAGGAGGAGAUGGAACAGGCCAAGCCGCAGGGUGAACUGGACACCGUCUUCCACAAAUACUGCCAGAAGGCACCCGAGGCGGAGGCCUGUGUCAAGGAGUUCAAUACCAAAAUGCAAGUCUGUCUCACCGCCGAGGAGAAACGCCACCAGGAGACGAUCGCCCGGAUUGGGGCAUCGCUAUUGGGAUUCGCCUGUUCUCGGGGCGGGGAUCAGAUCGCACUAUUUGUGGCCGAACAGGGACCGGAGUGUCUCGAUGCCAACAAGGAGGCCAUUGCCAAUUGCCUCAACCAGUCGUUCCACAACUAUAUACCAAAGGAUGGUCAAGUGCCCGAUCUGAUGAGCGCCCCCGAGCUACUAUUCUCCCCCACCCACUGUGUGGAUCUGCAACGGUUCGAGUCGUGUGUCCUGCACCACUUGGAACAGUGCUCCGAGAUCACCCCAGCCAACAUUGUCCAGUCGAUCUUCAAGUUCGUUAAGAACGAAACGGACUGUCAGGCCUACAUGACGGCCCGGGCCAAUGAGAAGCCCAUUUUGAUGGCAGCUGCCGGCAAUAGUACUGGCGGUGGUGCCACCGGACUGACAUCACAUUUCGGAUCACUUUUGGCUGGAAUCUUUGCCUCUGGACUCGUGUUGAUCCUAAAUCGCUACUAGAAAUAACAAGAACCAAUUUGGAAAAGGAAAAAUUACUGCCCCACACUAUCAAAGACUGCGGCAAACUCUUUAGUUCUUUUAGAAUUUAGUUUCUUUUUUUUCCAAGUGUUUGACCAUCGAAAUAGCCCCCGAUAGCGAUAACGAAAGCUUAUAUAUUACCUAUACCUUAUAAGCUAUUUUUUUUUUGUUCUUUAUUUUUUUUAUGUUCUUUUUUUUCGGUCUAUUGGUACAUAGAUCCAUAUAACUUAAUGUCUCCCAGCGAAUUGCUCGCAAUAAACGAGAUUGUGGAAUUGCAGAAGGUAGCGACCCACAUCGACUUUGCCGAUCAUAUUUUGAAAAAGAAAAGAGUAGUAAUGUAUUGUAACUACAAAAUAUUUAUUUAAUACGCCCUAUCUUACAAAUAAACGAUUAAAUCUA